AUGCGAAUUUCCCCAAGGGAACAAGACAAACUACUCCUGCAUCAUGCAGGCUUUCUAGCACAGCAGCGCCUCGCGCGAGGCCUGCAGCUGAACCAGACAGAGGCUACUGCUCUGAUCGCGUCUCAGCUGCAGGAGCGCAUCAGAGAUGGAAAGUACACCUUCUACGAGCUCACCGCGAUGGGCAAAGAGAUGCUCGGCAGGAGGCACGUUCUACCGGGCGUCUCAGUCCUGCUCAAGGAGAUCCAGGUUGAGGGUACGCUUCACGAUGGAGUUUUUCUUAUCACCAUUCACGAACCGAUCUCUACACUCAAUGGGAACUUGGAAGCGGCACUCUACGGCUCCUUCCUCCCUGUUCCCUCCAGUGACAGCUUCCCCGCCAUUGAUCCUAAGCUGUAUGCACCUGAGAACGCUCCGGGGGCCAUCAUUGUCCAACAGGAAAGACGUGCAAGACCGCAAGAUCCAGAAAAUCCGGAAAAAUCCGGAAGACCGGCAAGACCUGCGAGGAUUCAGCUCAACCCAGGACGAAAACGCAUCAGAUUGCAGGUGAAGAAUUGCCGUGAUCGUCCUGUCCAGGUUGGGUCGCACUAUCACUUUAUCGAGACAAAUCCCUUCCUUUCAUUCGACCGCGGCGCAGCCUACGGCUACCGACUCGACAUCCCAGCCGGUACCGCGGUCCGAUUCGAGCCGGGCGAAUCGCGAACGGUCCAGCUUUGCGAGAUUGCGGGUGCGAGGCGCAUCACUGGCGGAAAUGGUCUUGCGACAGGCGUUGUUGACCCUUUCCGUGUUGAUGAAAUCGUGGAGUGUCUGGUGGAUAAGGGCUUUAUGCAUGAUGAGGAUGCCUUGGCCGAAGCAGUCGACGUGGGCAGUGAUAUUGGUAGGGAUACGUACGCGACUAUGUUUGGGCCGACAGUCGGCGAUAGGGUGCGUCUUGGAGAUACGACGCUGUGGGUUGAGGUGGAACAACCGCCUUAUGGAGAUGAGAUCAAGUUUGGAGGAGGCAAAGUCAUUCGAGAUGGUAUGGGACAAGCUUCGGGCAGAGAGGCAGAGACCGUCCUCGACUUGGUCAUCACGAAUGCGCUGAUCAUAGAUUGGCGGGGUAUCUACAAGGCCGAUAUCGGCGUGAAGGAUGGCAGAAUCCACGGCAUCGGCAAGGCAGGAAAUCCGGACAUUAUGGACGGUGUCCACCCCGAUCUCGUAGUCGGUUCAGCGACGGAGGUCGUGGCAGGCGAGAGUCUCAUUGUCACUGCAGGCGCGAUUGACGUGCACGUCCACUACAUCUGUCCGCAACAGGUGUACGAAGCACUCGCCAUGGGCACGACGACUAUGAUCGGCGGAGGCACAGGCCCAGCUACUGGCACAAAUGCAACCACGUGUACCCCGAGCGCAUUCUACAUGCGGCACAUGCUGGCGGCUACUGACGGCUUGCCUAUGAACUUCGGCUUCACUGGAAAGGGGAACGAUAGCAAUCACACCGCGUUGAGAGAGAUAAUCAAGGCUGGUGCGAUUGGGCUGAAGAUUCACGAAGAUUGGGGCGCGACUCCGGAGGUUAUCAGGGCCGCCUUGGACGUAGCAGAAGAGUGGGACGUGCAAGUGAACAUUCAUUCGGACACGUUGAAUGAGAGUGGGUUCGUUGAGUCUACGGUGGACGCAUUUAAGGGCAAGGAUGGCAAACCACGUACAAUUCAUACCUAUCACACCGAGGGCGCCGGCGGAGGGCAUGCCCCUGACAUCAUCAAGGUCUGUGAGAACAAGCAUGUCUUACCAUCUUCGACAAAUCCCACCAUGCCAUUCGCAACUACCACGGUCGAGGAGCACAUCGACAUGCUCAUGGUCGCACACCACCUGGACAAAAAUAUCCCCGAAGACGUCGCUUUCGCAGACUCACGCAUCCGGAAAGAGACGAUUGCCGCCGAAGACGUUCUCCACGACAUCGGUGCCAUCUCAAUGAUCAGUUCGGACUCACAAGCUAUGGGUCGCGUCGGCGAGGUUGUCAGUCGGACUUGGCGGACCGCAAGCAAGAUGCGGUAUCACCGGGGAUCCCUCGAUGACCCCAAGUCGGGCAUUAGAGACUCCGAGGGCUGCGACAACGGAAGGGUCAAGCGCUACAUCGCGAAGUACACGAUUAACCCAGCCAUCACGCAUGGUAUUAGUCAUGAAGUUGGAGACAUUGCCGUAGGAAAACUUGCAGAUCUCGUCCUGUGGAAAACGGAGAACUUCGGCGCGAAACCAGAGAUCAUACUGAAGUCUGGAGUCAUCGUAUGGGCUCAGGUCGGUGAGCCCAACGGGUCCAUCCCGACUGUACAGCCGUUCACGGGGCGACCCAUGUGGGGUGCACUCCCUGCUUCCGCCGCUAUGAACUCCGUCUCUUUCGUUUCUGAGGUAUCCCUCGACCCCAAGGAGGGCCUCGUCAAGAGCUAUGACUUGAAGAAGCGUCUCGUGGCCGUGAAGGGGUGCCGGAGCAUCACGAAGGAGAACAUGAAGCUGAAUGAUCGAUUGCCAAAGGUCGAGGUAGACUCGGAGAGCUACGAGGUUCAUGCGGACAAUGUGCUGAUGGAUUGUGAGGCGGCGACGCAGCUCCCGCUAGCACGAUUCUACAACAUAUUCUAG